AAGCUCUCUCUCUGUAAUGGGCUUUUGCACGCAAGCGUAAAGCCCAUUGCCCCAUCUACAUUCUAUACGCUGCUCACUCAGUGAAGCUAGAGAUCCUGAUAAGGACGUUCCAAUCGUGAUAUGAUCGUACCUGAAAUGAAACACUUAGAGGAGAAAAAAUCCCGCGUUAUCGCAUAUCCUAAUAAAAUCGAAUUCGCUCUAAAUUAUUCCAUACAAAUAGGACGUUGUAUUUUGAAAGUGAUCGGGGCAUGGCCGCUCUACAACGAAAGCUCAAACAUCGAAAAGUUCUAUAGCUAUUUUGCAAAGGGCUUUUGUUACUUUCUCUUUAUCUUUAUACUCGUACCAGGACUGCUUCGGAUUUUCUUAAUAGAACAGAAUACACGCAUAAGGCUUAAGAUCUUCGGUCCUCUUUGUACGUGUUCGAUAAAUGCUACGAAAUAUAGUAUAUUAAUAACGCGCGGGAAAAAGAUUGAAGAGUGCAUGAAACAUAUAAGGGAGGAUUGGAAAAAGGUAGUGUUGGAAAAGGAUUACGAAUCAAUGAUUUCGCAUGCCAAGGUCGGAAGGACUUUGGCGGUGAUGUCAGCCUCUUUUAUAUAUGGCGCUGGAAUGUCCUACCGUACUAUUUUACCUCUCUCAAAAGGCAAACAAAUCAUCGGUAACCUCACUAUAAGACCCAUUGCAUGUCCAAGUUACUUCGUAAUAUUCGAUGAGCAAAAAUCGCCAGCUUACGAGCUCGUCUUUUUUGGACAAUUUCUUGCUGGCUUCGCCGUCUACUCGGUAGCUUGUGGCGUUUGUGGUUUAGCGACCUUUCUGAUCAUGCACGCGUGUGGCCAACUCGAAAUUCUUAUGAGAAUGAUGAGAGACAUUGUCGACGGGAAAGAUGACGUCGAUGAUACUGAUCCAGAUACUCGUAUCGCCGAGGUAAUUAGACAUCAAAUCCGAUCCAAGAAUUUCGUAAAGGAAGUAGAAGAAGUUCUGCAGUACAUGUGCAUGGUAGAGAUCGUGGGUUGUAAUAGUCUCGUUUGUCUUGUUUUGUAUGACGUUGUCAUGGAGUGGGAAAAUAGCGAUACGACCGGAUUAAUUAUAUAUUUGAUUUUUCUCCUAUCUUUCGCCUUUAACAUGUUUAUUUUUUGUUACAUCGGCGAGCUUCUUUCGGAACAGGGUGCGAAAGUCGGAAUAACUUCUUGUACUCUUGAAUGGAAUCGUCUUCCGACGAAAAGUGCUCAAAGCCUAAUAUUGAUAAUAUUAGCGUCGAAUCAUCCGAUAAAAAUCGUAGCCGGUAAAUUGAUGCACAUGUCACUCAGUAAUUUUAAUGGCAUCAUUAAAACUUCGGUUGGAUAUUUCAACAUCCUUCGAAAUAGUACCUAAAAUCAUUGAGCAGAAUCACAGUUUUUCUAGUAAAGAAUUGAGGGAUUUGAGUAGUAGUAGAAUUAUUAUAAUGAAAGUUGA